AUGGAUGACUUGGCUCUCCUUGACCUGCUGGAGUGUCCUGUGUGCUUUGAGAAGCUCGACGCCUCGGCGAAGGUGCUGCCGUGUCAGCACACUUUCUGCAAGCCCUGUCUGCAGAGGAUCCUGAAAUCCCAGAAGGAGCUCCGGUGCCCCGAGUGCAGGACCCUCGUCCUCUGCAGCAUCGAGCAGCUGCCGUCCAACCUGCUGCUCAUUCGCCUCCUGGAUGGAGUCAGGUGUGGACAAAACGUCAGCAGGUUCGGCUCAAUCCAGAGGUCAGGGAUCCUGUCCUCCCCCGCGUCCAUCAGGAGGGUCCCCAGGGGGCUGCAGCUGCAUCAGCACCGGCUGGCGACGAAUCCCAGGAUCCACAUGGAAGGGGUCCCACGAGCCAAGGCCCUGUACACCUACCGCGGGCACAACCCCGGGGAGCUGCGCUUCAACAAGGGAGACAUCAUCGCGCUGCUGCGGCAGCUGGACGAGAACUGGUACCUGGGCGAGGUCAACGGCGUCAGCGGCGUUUUCCCCGCCAGCUCCGUGCAGGUCAUCAAGCACCUGCCCCUACCCCAGCCCCUCGGCAGGGCCCUCUACAGCCUGGACAGCAGGAGCCGGGACAAGGCAGAGCACAAGGACAGCCUGACCUUCCCCAAGUGACAUGUUGUCUCAGCAAUAAGCAGGCAGGGGCUGUGCCAGGUGCAACUUGUGACGCCCCAUCACAUCUCCCCUUGCCUCUUCCAGCCAAACGCCACCACUCGGCAGCUCCUGCAGACCAGCAAGACCCACUGGUCCCCCCAGUUCAAGAGCUCAUCCCUGCGAACAGCGUCUCCCAAGGCGAAGGGCGCGGACUCGGCGGCUUUCCCCAAGGUGCCUGACUCCAGGCGCAAGAGCCUGCGGCAGUUCUCCAUCACCACCGCCCUCAACACCCUCAACAGGAUGGUCCACGCGCCCAGCGAGCGCCCGGCGCUGGAGAUCAGCUCCCCCGUGCUCAUCAGCUCCAGCAACCCCACCGUGGCCACCCAGAGCAGCGAGAGGGCAGAGCUCCCCUACAGCUCCCCUCUGCAGGUCAGUACCUCAUACUACCCCACACCAGCACCGCUGGGACCCUCGGCAGCCAUCGUCACCCUUCCCCACCUGCAGCACCACGUGCCAGCUUACCUGUGUGUGGCUCUCCACUCCUACGUGGCGCAGGGGCCAGACGAGCUGGAGCUGCAGAAGGGAGAAGGGGUGCGUGUCUUCGGGAAGGACGAGGACGGCUGGCUGCGGGGCAUGUCCCUCGUCACGGGCAGGGUCGGCACCUUCCCCAGCAACUACGUCGCUCCCCUCUUCAGGAAAUCUAGUCUCUCCGACUCAAAGAUGCCAACCCUGUACACCUCGUGGACGCUGUCGACCUCCUCACUCUCCUCCCAAGGGAGCAUCUCCGAAAACGGCCCGAGGCAGAGCAGAAUCCUGAAGCCAGUGCUGCUGCCCGUGCCCAUCCCCUCCCCUGGCAGGGGCACGGUGGGCCCAGCACUGCUGCGGCGAGGCCGCGGCAGCGCCAGGAAGA